UUAAUCUGGCAAAUGUGGGCUCAGAGCAGAAAAUAUAACUUAAUUUACUGGUCUGAACAUAUAUAUACUCAUGUUGAAAUGAAAUGUUUUGUGAAAAGCAAUUUUACAUACAUAUGUUUUUGUUGCUAUGUGUUUCAUUUGUGUGCACAUUCUUUGACAUCUGAUGUCACUGUGGCAAAUGUCAUGUUCAUAUGCAUUUACCUUUGCUGUGUAUAUGCUGUACAGUUGUUUGCGUUUUGCUGUUGUGCAUUGCAAGACCUUCUUCACUGAGCUGACUUGUUUACUUACCUUUGAGUAAGAAUGUUAAUAAUAUGUUAAGCACAUCUUAAGAACUUUAUAACUUUAUAAUCUAAUACCAACAAAAAUGUGCAGUGCAAAUGUGCAUAAGGUGCGUAAUAUGACCACCACAUAAAGUGAGAGCAUGAAAAAUAAUUUAGUGAAACUAAAAAACAGCAUUGAAAAAUAUAUAAAAAGACAGAAUAAUAUAUUUCUACAUUGUUGAAGUGUUUAUUGGAUAUUUUGACAAACUAAAAAAAAAAAAAAAACAUGGCCACAAUAUGAUUUUUUUUAAUCAUAUUUGAUACAUCAGGCCUUUAUGGCAAUUUAUUGAUCACAAGAAUUUUUAUUUUAGAAACAAAAAAUAACGUUGAAACGUUUUGGAAUAUUUCACAUGGGUUGGUCCUUUUGUUUCCAAAUCUUUUUACACCUUUUUAUUUUGCCUUGUCGUUGCAUAAAAAUUACAGUGGUCAAAUGAUGUGACAUUUUUUGCACCACCUCCGGAGGGAUCCUGAGUAUCCAAGUUUCGUGGAUGAAAUAUUUCAUGUGGGUUUUUUAUUUUUAACAGAAACCUUUUUACAGCUUUUUUAUUUUGCCUUGUCGUAGUCAAAAAAUAAAACAAAACAUUUUGCAUCAUUUGACCACUGGGUGUGCUGUAAUAAACAAAUAAAAUUGCCUAUGACAAGGUGAAAUAAAAAGGUUUUCUAAAAAGGUUCCUGUUUGGAAAAAUAGAACCAACCCAGAUUAAAUAUUCUGAAAUGUUCUAAAUGCAAUGAAAAUUAUUUUCUUUUGUUUGUGAUCAAUAAAUUGCCACGAAGACCUGAUAUAUAUAAAAAAAACAACUAUGGCUAACAUUGGGUAUGCCAGUCUUUACAGUGUUAAAUUACACGUUUAUCUUUUUAUAUAUUUAUCAAUACUUGAUUCUUGUUAAUUAUCUUACUUUAUGCGAUGGUGAUAUUACGCACCACUAUGUGGAGCGUCUAGUUAACCUUUGCAAACACACACAGCAUCGCCACUCAGACACACCAUUCUGCAAUCAUUUAGAGAUAUGGACAUGUCAUGUGACCACAGGGCUCCAAAACAAGGCUGUGGUAGGAUGACCACCAGAUAUGCACGCCCUGUUAUGACUGAUACAUAAAUACAUCAAGACAGGGUGUGUAUGUUUGAGAGAUGGUUAAACCAGCAUCUCAGCACUCAAGAGUUCACAUACACAGACGAGCAAGUCAACUUUGUGGUUGCAGGCAAGGUGUCACCAUAGUACAGAGAUCUCCAAAGCUAGGGUGCAGAGGGACGGGAGGACAUGGAGCGCCUUCCUUUCUGUCUUCUACUGUCUCCGUUCACUUGUCAGCUCUGGGCUCAGGCUCCUGCAGGUGUGAGCUUUGGACUAGAGUGUCUAAAUGACUUCUUCUUCACAAUAACAUGUUCCUUAAAUGGAACCAACAUUGAACAUAGCAUCAAUACCACUGAUACGAGCAGUAAUAUGAAGGCAUGGCUGCAAGCUCAAGACUGGGAGGGUGAAAAUUCUUCUUGUGAGCUGACGAGAGGAGUAGACUCCUGGGGGUGUGCACUGUAUACAUUUGUGCCUGGUGGCUUCUCAUUUACCGAUGAAGACCGAUACCAGAUCUCACUCUUCACCAGUCUCCAUGGCAACAACAGCUCCGUGGUGCUGCAGCCAAAGUACUGGCCAAGGAAUCACAUUAAACCCAUCCCUCCCGAGAACCUCUCCAUGCAGUGGGUAGGGGAAGAUGCCGUGUUCGGCUGGCAGAGUGGGUAUCAACCACGGAGCAGCGUGUACGAGGAGCAUGUCCGUCUCAUCCCUAACCUGAAGUAUCAGCUCCUCCUGGUGACAACACAGGGCCACAGGGAAGAAAUCUUCACAACGAACAGAAACCUUUCAGUAGCCAUGUCGGUCUUCUCUCCUGGCUCUGAGUACUUGGCAACAGUGCGAUCACAGCCCAAUCAGAUCUACUAUAAGGGAGUGUGGAGCCAAUGGGCACCCAUCCUCCACUGGAGAACAGCCAAUCACCAGGAUACAUCUCUGCCGACUGGUUCAGUGAUCUUCAUUUGCCUGUUUCUCACACUGUUCCUAAUCAGCUAUGUCCUACUGGUCAGGUGGAAAAAACAUGCUGAGAUCCCACACCCAGUCAUUUAUGUCACCGAGUGUGGAGACUUCCCUGGACAUGCGUGCAUGGUGGGGAUUCCAUUACACGAGGAGUCUUUGAAGAUCGACACCGUAACGUUGCAAUCCAUCAAGGCAGGCAUCAACCCAUACGAACAACUGUUGGUUACCAUUGGCAACAAGGACCAACUGAACAGCUUCACAGGCAAUGCAGGCUGUGUGCUGCUUGACUCCAUGACAACACAGAUGGACAGACUGCACUGCAGUGAGGACUACAGCAUCCUCACUACCUUAACACCAUAAUGGACAUGUUUGGAUAGCAGUAUUCUCUCAACCACAUCCUUAUACACCCCCUUGAAAGCAAUUAUCUCCUUUCCUCAUUUUAACAAAAUAAAGUAGCCUCUACCUCUGCACAUGUAUGCAUACAAAUGUUUACAUUUUUAUACUUCAGCCAAGAAAGCCAAUCAAGGCCACAUAUAUGUUGUGCAAUGGCUACCUGCCCAUCACCAUUAUUUACCUUGAAUAUAACAUUGAGGUUCAAGUACGUAAUUCAGUUCACCACAUAAUUUGUCGUUAAAAAUAGAAUAGCACGUCAGUUCUCGUGGUUAUAUGGGGACACGCUCAUUUGCAAAGACACAACUGAAAAUGCUUUAUAUUGAAUAAGCCCUCCUCAAAAACACUUUGAAGUUAUAACUUGUUAUAUAAGCCCAUACGCAAGAAUGCACCACAGAAUCGGAACACUUUUUGGCUCCUACCAUAUGGUUUGUUUUAAGUCCAU